UAAAAAUUUUCCUAUUCAGUUCUUUUUUAGUUUCACUAUUUUUAUGCUUAUUUUUUAAGAUAUAUGUAAAUCCCCUUAGCAUUAAAGAAAAUCCUUUUAUUUUCAAUUUAAGAUUUUAAGACAGGAUUGCUCAUCAUCUCAUCAUCAUAAUAAAAUUAAGUACUGCAUGCAAAGUACUGUAAAUUAUUGCCUGAAUUAGUGAUUUACAAAAUUAAAUUUGAAAAUCACUUGACCAAAUAUCUAAUUGUUACGCAUAUAAAAAAGGGUUAUUUUUAAGGUCAGGAAUUCCAAUUUUCGAUUUUUAUAACACGUACAGUAUUAAUAAUAAUGUUUUUUUAAAGAAUUUCUUAGUUACCUAAUAUUUAUUUAUGAUGUUAUCACCUUUUUUUAGUGCGAAACAAAAUUUCGAAAAGUCAACAUAGUAAUUCUCAUACUUUUUUUUAGUCAUAAAAAAAAGAAAUGAUUAAUAAUAAAUCCUCCGAAGAUAUUUCUAAUGAUAAGAGUUUUAAUGAAAAGAAUGAGGAGGGAGUUACAAAAAUCAAGAAAGAACAACCGUUUCAAUACUAUUUAUGCUUUGAUGUUGAAGCAACAUGUGAAAAAGGAGGAGGGUUCGAUUAUAAGAAUGAGAUAAUAGAAUUUCCAAUAAUUUUACUUGAAGGCAAUACAUUUGAAAUAGUAGAGAUAUUUCAUUCAUAUGUUAAACCAAGUGUAAAACCAAUAUUAUCAGAUUUUUGUAAGGAAUUAACUGGAAUAUCACAGACAACAAUAGAUGUAAGUCCAUCAUUUCCUGAAGUGUUGAUUAAAUUUCAAGAAUUCCUACACAAAUAUCAAUUAUUUUAUGAAAAUACCUGUGCUUUUAUUACUGAUGGACCAUGGGAUAUACGUGAUUUCGUCAGAAAACAAUGUACAAUCUCACAAAUAGAUAGACCAUCAUAUUUUUCAAUUCCUUGGGUAGACAUACGAGCACUUUUUUCAAAAUUUUAUAAUUGUGAAAGAACAAAUAUAGAUGGUAUGUUAACAAGAUAUGGAUUAGAAUUUGUAGGGCAUAAACAUUCGGGAAUUGAUGAUGUUAAAAAUUUGACCAUUAUUGCCAAAAGAAUGUGGGAGGAUGGAGUAAUUUUCAAUGUCAAUGAUGAUUUUCCAAAAUGGAAAGAGAAUAGAAAGUCGAAGAAAAGAAGUAGGAAAUGUAAGAAAGAAUAAAAGUGUUUCGUUGUUAUAAACAAAAGAUUAUCAUCUAUAUAGAAUAAAUAUAUUCUAAUAAUUAUAUAAAUAUUAAUAAUAUAUUCUAUAUAUUACAAUUAAUAAUAAUUGGACUAUAAGAAUACAUUCAUUGUUUACAUCUAUAAAGUUAUUGUCCA